AUGGCCACUGGCAACUGGCAUCCGCAGCUAGUUGUCAGCAUGUGGAGAGCGAUAUAUGUGUUGGCCUUUUCACUGGCGCUGCGGCUGGUGGUGAUCCGCCCCUCGCUGGGCAUUCGAGUCCACUGCCGCCAUAUGGAACGCAUUCACGAGGAUCACAUACACUACUGCUGCAAACAUCCGGACGGGCACAACGAUGUCACCGAGCUGUGCGCUCAGCAAACCAAUUUUCGGCUGCCCUCCAGGAACGAGGAGGCCAUGGAGGACAUCACUGUUGACGAGGUCAUGUCCGCCAACUGUUGGGCCAAGUGCGUCUUCGAUCAUUACAAAUUUAUGGUGAACGAUUCGCUCGACAUGCUGGCCGUGCGCAGUCAUUUUCGGACCGUGCACAAGCUGGAUCCCGAGUACGAGACGGAGAUGUUGGAUGCAUUCGAGAAAUGCCAUUCGAAAUCUGAGGAGGCCACGGCGGAGUUUCUAUCGAUGCCAAUUGUGCGCGCCUUCAGUACCGCAAAGUACUGCAAGCCCAUGUCCAGCAUUAUACUGUCCUGCGUGAUCAAGAACUUUUUCCAUAACUGCCCCAGAAGCCGUUGGUCCAACACCACGGAGUGCGCGGAGACCUUGGCCUUCUCCAAGAAGUGCAAGGAUGUGCUAACCACCAUGUGAAGGAUGUCCAUAGACUUCUAAGCAUAUAAAUCUUUAUAGAAUUGUAUAACGAUCUUUAUAAGAGGAAUUAAAUGAACAAAGCAGCA